UGGAAUUUUGUUAUGGAAUUUUCUUGUUUAUGAUAAUUGCUGUUAGCUUUGGUUUACUUCGUGCCGACGAAAACAAACGUGUACUUCUACAUUCCGAUGAAUAUCUUAACCAAGCUUAUCAGACACUUGCCUUAGAGGUCCAAACCAUGAAAUCAACAAUGUCGUCUUUGACCUCGACAGUUUCUACGCUGACAUCUGCGGUUGCUGUUUUACAGGCUUCAUCAGGCAACAACGGAGGCAGUGUUUAUGUUAGAUGGGGAAGAAAUUCAUGUCCAGUGAAUGGGUCAAGUCUUGUUUAUGCUGGACUCGCUGGAGGCUCAUUUUACUCGACCCCCGGAGGAGGUUCAAAUUAUAUAUGCCUGCCAACUGACCCGCAGUGGGCACAUUACAGUGACUCGGUUUCAAGCAGCGGAAAAGUGUUCGGUGCCGAGUAUCAGUUUGACGGUGCAUUCUUUGGUGGUAGAACACUCUACCAAGAAGACGUCCCAUGUUCCGUUUGUCAGUCAACAAGAACCCGGAUGUUGAUGAUACCAGGCCGCUUGGAAUGUUAUCCCGGUUGGACAAAAGAGUACAACGGCUAUCUCGUCAGCGAACGGGAAGGCGAUGCAUCUUCCUCCGAGUAUGUUUGUCUGGAUAGUAAGCCCGAAAUUGUAAUUGGAGGGCAUAGAAACGAAAACGGUCGUCUGUUCUAUCUUGUAGAAGGCUCGUGUGGUUCCCUCAAAUGUGCGCCUUACGUGAAUGGUCGUGAACGUACAUGUGUUGUUCGUACAAUGUAAAAUGAAGUU